AUGGAAGAAAGCUCAAGUUUCUCAACAAUGGCACCUCCUGUCUUCAAUGGUGAAAAUUUUCACAUGUGGGCAGUGAGGAUGGAAGCUUAUCUCAAAACUUUAGAUCUUUGGGAGGCAAUCGAGGAAGACUAUGAAGUUCUUCCGCUACCCGAAAACCCAACAAUGGCUCAACUCAAAAAUCACAAGGACAAGAAAACCAGAAAAUUUAAGGCAAAUGCAUGUCUUUUUUCAACAGUCUCUUCAACAAUUUUCACUCGUAUCAUGUCUCUAAAAUUAGCAAAAGCCAUCUGGGAUUAUUUCAAGGCAGAAUAUGAAGGAGAUGAUCAUAUCAAAGCAAACAGAGUAAGAUUACUUGGUUCUGAGUUUAAAGAAUCGCGUAUUGUUGAAAAGAUUCUGGUUACUGUACCUGAAAGAUUUGAAUCCACCAUUACCACUUUGGAGAACACCAAGGAUCUGUCAAAAAUCACUUUGGCGGAAUUAUUGAAUUCCUUGCAGGCUCAAAAACAAAUAAGGGUUAUAAGAGAAGAGGGAAUAAGAGAGGGAGCAGUGGCGGCCAAACAUGAAGAGAGUGGAAGAUACAAAAAGAAAAACAAUAAGAAGAACCAGCCAACAAAUGGAGAAGGAGCAGCUCGCUACAACAACAAAAGCAAAGUAGGUAGCUUUAAAGGAAACUAUCCUCCUUGUAAGCAUUGUGGAAAGAAUGGGCACACGCCGUAUAAGUGUUGGAAAAGGCCGGAUGCUAAAUGCAGUAAGUGCAACCAACUCGGGCAUGAAGCAAUUAUCUGCAAGAAUAAAUUGCAGCAGCAAUAUGCAGAUGCCCAGCGGAUGCACAAACCAUAUGACUCAUUAAAAGAGCUCUUUGAAGACUUGAAGCCUAUUGGAGUUGCGAAAGUCAGAAUAGGUCAUGGCGGUUAUAUUCCGGCAAAAGGAAUGGGAACUAUUACAAUUGAAAGUACACAAUCAGGUACUAAAGCAAUUUUCGAUAUUCUUUAUGUACCAGAUUUAGAUCAGAACUUGGUCAAACGGGAUAAACUAGAUAAGAAGGCUGCCCCGAGCAUUUUUAUUGGGUACAAUAAUGUUUCAAAAGCGUACAAAAUCUUUCAACCUGAAGGUGAGAAGAUAGUUAUCAGCAGAGAUGUCCACUUCAUGGAGAAUGAAGAAUGGGAUUGGGAUGACUCAAGGAAUUCUGUCCAGAAAACAAGCUCAUGGUUAAAUGAAAGGGACGAUGAUCCACCAGUUAGGGGAACUCGAUUGAUCUCUGAUAUAUAUGAGAGAUGCAAUGUUGCGAUUCGUGAACCUGCUAACCCUAAAGAUGCUCUCAAGGACCCUAAGUGGAGAAAUGCAAUAGAGGAGGAGCUGUUUAUGAUCGAAAAAAAUUUAUAUGUGACAACUUGUUAA